AUGUGGGUCGUCUGUUUUCCCUUUGUCUGGUUAAUCGGCGCCGGUGCCAAACCUUCUGUUCUUUUCUGUCCGUUGAUGGUGGGCGUUGGCGCACGCGGUGGCGUCCAGAGCUGGAUUCUGCGGGAUGUCCUGCUCUCCGUCCCUUGUCCUCUUACCUACCCUCCUCCGUGUCCAGUGCCCGAUGCGGCGCGAUUGUUCUUUCCUAGGAAUGUGGACUCGGUCUUCUCAGGCCUGGUUCCGGUCCUAUUUUACUUCCACCACCUGCGUGCUAACGAGCCACAAGUCGUUGAUACCCUCCGUUGUUGUGUCACUGUACCUGAGCUCGGGGCCCUUGGCAUUUUUAAUCCAGCUGCUCAUCGUGGCUGA